AAAGAAGGUGGCGUUGGUCAGCAACUCUGAACGAGCAGGAUGAACUGAGAAAUCAUAGCAAGGGAAAACAGAGGCGUAGAGUUCAGACACUGAUUUUGCUGGGCCAGCAUUCACGCUUUCUGAUCAGGUUGACAUGGCAACGAUUUGGUUUAUUUAAGUGCCCCUGAAUAUUUUUCCCCUGAAACGGAAGUGGAACCCUUCAACAUAUUUUUUAAAGUCUUUUGGCCACGUCCUGUCUCACUUGCCAACUGAGAACAGUUUAGAAGUUGGACUAGUAGUAAAACCUGGCUGUGACUGAAAUGCCGGAUAUGCUCCUGCAUAUUCUCUAGUAUCUGCUUCCUGCCUGUGUUUCCUGUUUAGAAUUGUCUGCUCAACCCAAAAGUUAAUAAUUCUGCUUCUGAGUUGACUCUAAAAUGGAUGUACUGUACCUCGCUGUUGAUCUCUAAAGGGGGAAAAGACCACUCCUGAGCGUGUUGUUGCUGUGGUCCUGUCUUAGGGGAAUGACACAAUGCAGGGAAUACUUUCAGACAUCUUGCCUGGUCCUGGUGUUCUGCAAUUUAUCCUGACACAGGCUGCUUUUAUCGUCUUACUCAUCGUAAUUAUGAAGUGCUUGCAUUCACGCUGCCCCUGGCUUCCCAACUGUAUGAUCGGCCAGGAUGCAGCACAGGAGAACACUGAGGUACAGGUAGACCCAGGGACCCUUGGCUCGACCAGCCUCUCUGAUGUGCCCUGCCCCAAGGCAACUUCCCAGGAAAUGGAAGAGUUCUUCAAAGACCUCCACUCCCCUACAGACAACAGGGUGGUGAGAAAGAAGCUCCUGCACAAGCUUUUGGUCUUCAUGACCAAGGAAGUGGACCAUAGGGGUGCCUGCUUAAUGCUGGCUGAUAUGGGCAUCUCCCUGGAGGUUCCACCAGAUGCUGUGAGCCUGGGCCGUGUGGAGAGAGUCUCCUUGGUUCUGGUGUGGGAUCUAUUGGAUUCACCCCCUCUAUUGGGGACACAGGCUCUAAUCAGUCCUGUGGUGUACUGUGGACCACACGGUGCUUCCUUCCAGCAGUUGUGCACCCUGAGCUUCAAACAUUGCGCUGGAAGUGGCACAUAUGUCAGGGUCUAUGCCAGUGACACACAUCUUCUGGCCUCCAAGGAAUGGGAGGAGUUACACAACAAGCCUAGUCGCCAAAACAGGAUAUGUAUCACCCGAGAUGAAUGCCAGAUCAAGCUUGACCAUUUCAGUCUCUACACUUCUGUUCUGGAAACCUAUGGCAGACCUGAGGUUCACAAGUGGCUACAACUGGCUGUUUUCAGCUCCCCGCUGUCUGCUGACCAGUCUCAUCAGCAAAUCCGAAUUUACUUUCUCAACAACACACCAUGUGCACUUCAGUGGGCCCACUGCAAUGAAGAGCCAUUCCGAGGCAGUUUAUGUGGGCCAGUGCAGCUCUUUGAGUUUGCCAAUACCAGCAAGGACAUGUUCCUGGUUCUCAAGUACCUUUCAGAAGCAGGCUGGGAAAAUAUAGAUGAAAAUGCUAGCCAGUAUGUUCCUUUUCUCCACAUCUGGCACGGCAAGUGUCCCUUUCGUUCCUUCUGCUUCAGGAGAAAAACAGUGUCCCCGGUUGACAGCCCCAGCCAAAAUACCAGUGAGAUCAUAGUUACUAUGCAUGUGUUUCAGAAGGACCUACAAGAGAAGUACCUCGAAGUCCUUCGUUUGCACAUAACAGAAAGUGGGUGCCAGGCAGAGAGGGUCUCACCAAAACCCUAUUGCAAUAGAAUUCCACGGGAACUCUUUGAGCAGCUGCAAAUGUUACUGGAGCCAAACACAGUGAGUGGAAAUGACUGGAGAAAGCUGGCUUCCCGUCUGGGCCUCUGUGGUACUAAGAUCAGAUUUAUGUCUUGUCAGCAAAGCCCAGCGGCUGCUACCCUUGAGUUUUUUGAGGAGCUCAAUGGUAGUCUGCAUGACCUAUAUAAGAUCAUGUUGUCCAUGGAACGCCUAGAUUGUGCUGUCACCGUUGAGGCAUUCUUAAAUGACCCUUUGCCUGACUGCCCAGGUUUAUCCCAGAGGGACAAAGAUCAGGAGAACCACUGCUGUUGUGAAGGGAAGACAACUAGUUUAGCAUCAGAGUGCGACAGCGGGUUGACAGACUUGGGAUCAGUGAAGGAGCGUGAGAUUUGUUCCCAAACCACAGAUGAGCAUACAGCAAUCCAGUAGCACUUUAAGAGCUCAGUGCUGGAAAAAGUACAGAUCUGGUUUAGUUAUGAUCAUAGACAACCAUUUAAUAAAUACUAACAGAGCCUGACACUGUAAAAAAUGAAGUACAAGGCUGAGAAAAGAACCAUUAUUACCACUCCUUAGAUAUUCUUAAUCUGUAUAUUGUAUACAGUAGGUGUAUAGUGAUUGUGUAACAUUGAUAUAUUUACAAUCAAAACCUGAAUACACUUACUAAAAAAGUCUAGAUAAUCACAUCUAAUAGUAAUUAAAACAGCGGAAGUACAUUAAAAUAAAGGCCAGAGACUUACAAAACAGCAUGAAUAAGAUUGGAACAAAAACCUCUUAACUAGUGCAAUAGUUUUGACUGUUUUAUCUCAGAAAAACUGUAUGAUGUUAGCACCCACCAAGGCAGCAAUUAAAUAUAGAAACCAAGGUAGUGUGCUGAUCAAAAUUCAAGUUUGGGUUAGGGUUUGUGUACUAAAAUAUUUAACAGUGGAAAUUUUUAUAGCAUAUGAGUCACAGUUACUGAAAGGUGAACUUUUUGCCAUCUAUGAGGUACACUUUUAGAAUUACAUUAAGUGAAGCAUAAAGAAGUUGCGACAAACUGGCUGUUAUUACUACUGUAUGCUGUAUAAAUUCCUAGGUACACUUAACUUUUCAACAUUUUUUUCUAAACUGUAAAAUCAGUGGCUAUCAAAUCACUUGUGAAUUCAGCCUACUCUUGCAAAAUUGUAAUUUGUUCUGACCUGUUACAAACCAUGCACCAUUGUUGGAAUCUCGUUUCCUUUGGUAAAUGGCUCAGGUCAUUCAAGACCGGGGCCUCAUUUGUAAAACUUGUAUAUGCCCUAAAAAGAGGCUUGAAAUGUGUGUAUACAGUUUGCCACAAAAAUGUUGGGAUUUAUAAAAGAAAACUUGAUGUGGGAACAUGUGAAUAUUUAUGGCGGAUCUGACCCAUGUGUAUGCAACAUUUUGGAGAAACUAGAUGACAAAACCCUUUGAUCAAGCAGGAAAAUACAGCCAAACCUGCUAAAUGACGACUUGCACACAUAAUAAUUAGGAUCACUAAGCCACUAUUACAUGUGUUGACAUGGCAAACAUAUUACACCUCAAAAAGGAUGAAUAUGAUGCAGACUGUAUUUUAUUUCCAUUUUAAAAGGGCUAAUGCUGCGUAUUUGCACUGAAGACCUUUUUGUUUUUUCAUCAGUUUAUAUUGGCUUUCUGUUAUCCCUUCUCAUGGAACUGACCAAUAGGUCAGGAAUAUUUCAGUCAAGCCUCACCCCAUUAUGCCCGCUGGAAGCCAUUAACUGACUGGCAAGGCACUAGAGAUUCCUAUUGUGUUAAGGCGGACAUACAAAAAAA